AACCACUAUUUAGAGACAAGAAGCAGCAGCAGAAGAAGAAACCAACAACAACCUCUCUCACUCACUCACUCACUCUGUUUCAGUCUUUCUGUCUCCCUCUCCUUACAAACUUUUCUCAUUCAAUUCCCAUUCAAACACACCAAAAAAAGGAAGAACAAAGGAAUAGCAAGAAGAAGAAAGACUUGAUGGAUUACUGGGCUCCUUCUCUUGAUAUCGAUGAUGAAUUUGAGAAACUUGCUAUCAGAAUGAACCCACCAAGGGUUACUGUUGAUAAUACUUCAAGCAGAAACACUACUUUGAUUAAGGUGGAUAGUGCGAAUAAACAUGGAAGUUUGUUAGAGGUUGUACAAGCUCUAACUGAUUUGAAUCUUACUAUUAACAGAGCAUAUAUUUCUUCUGAUGGUGAAUGGUUUAUGGAUGUAUUCCAUGUAACUGACCAAGAUGGCAAUAAGCUGUCUGAUGGAGAAGUCUCAGAUCGAAUUCAACAGUCACUAGGAUCAAGAGUGCUUAGUCUUUGGACCUUGAGAAGGUCGGUCGGUGUUCAAGCAGCGGCCGAGCAUACAACAAUUGAAUUAACUGGGAAAGACCGACCUGGUCUACUCUCAGAGAUAUUUGCUGUUCUUACAGACCUCAGGUGCAAUGUAGUAGCUUCUGAGGUAUGGACUCACAAUUCAAGAAUGGCAUCUGUUGUAUAUAUAACUGAUGAAGUGACCGGGGGACCAAUUGAUGAUCCCGACCGACUCGCUAAGGUCAAACUUCUACUUCGCUACGUGCUCAAAGGGAUUAAAGAUAAACAAAGUGCAAAAACUGCUGUUUCAGUAGGUGAUACUCAUACCGGUAGAAGGUUGCAUCAGAUGAUGUACGCUGAUCGCGACUAUGACAGGGAUAGUAUUGAUGAAGAUAUUGCAAGUGAUGAAAACAAACCCUUAGUGACUGUUGCCAAUUGUUCAGAUAAGGAUUACACUGUUGUUAACUUGAGGUGUCCGGACCGGCCCAAGUUGCUCUUUGAUACCGUUUGCACAUUAACGGACAUGCAGUACGUGGUAUUCCACGCAACUAUCAUGGCUGAAGAGCCAGAGGCUUAUCAGGAAUUCUACAUCAGGCAUAUAGAUGGGUGUACAAUUAGUUCUGAAGCCGAGAGACAGCGAGUGAUCCAUUGCUUAGAGGCUGCCGUUCAAAGGCGAACAUCAGAGGGAAUAAGACUUGAACUAUGCGGUGAGGACCGGGUGGGGCUGUUAUCGGAUGUAACACGCAUAUUCAGAGAAAAUGGGUUAUCAGUUUCAAGGGCUGAGGUUACGACGAGGGGUUCUCAAGCUGUUAACAUGUUUUAUGUUACUGAUGCAUCAGGGAAUGUGGUCAACAGUGAAACAAUAGAGGCAGUGAGGUGCGAGAUUGGCCAUUCAAUUAUACGUGUCAAAGAGGAUAGGCUCUCGAAAUCACCUCCCCAAGAACAAGGGAGAUUCUCACUUGGUAAUCUCUUUUGGUCAAGAUAAUCCUAAACCAAACAUUAGCUAGAACACUCUCAGGAUUACUGAAUGUAAAUGUUUUGACGGUUAGCUCUUUCGCAUAAAUGUAACUUCGAUGUCUAAUUCCCGCACGUAAAUGUAAAUUUACAUGUAGAAAUAGAUUUUCUCUUACUGUUCAUUUCGAAGGCUGGAGGAAAAUUUCAUUGUAGAUAUUGUAUAUAAGUAAAUUUGGGUUGAAGAAACAAUGCAAUUGCAUAAGUGAACAUUUUUAGCAAAAA